CAGUGCACAGCGUAACAGUCGGAGAGUAAAGACGUGAGUUUGGGAGCGCUAACGAAAUUCUUCCUGAAAAUUCCUCGUGACGGUUGCUUCCAGUGUAAUACACAUGCUGAUACAAUGGAGUUUGCGUAUGGCGGAUUCCGCUGAACGAAAGAGUUGCAAAAAUGUGCUUCUACUCAAAACGAGAGAGGAGAACAGUGAAGUGAGUCAAAAAGAAUAAGAUGCCAAGAAACCCGCAGUAUAUGUACAGCAAUAACAAGUCUGGCUAAAGACACGAAGCUCUCGAAUGCAUGAUAAAGCGAGUAAAACAUAUAAAUAUACAUGUGGAAGAAGUAUUAAAGAAGAGUGAAAAAUCAUUUACGACCAAGAAGACUAAACAAAACACACUGAAAUAAUAGCGACGUAUUUUCUAUUUACAAAGUUUCCAGUGAUGUUAAAAUAAGUGAAAAGAAAUUUGAGUGAAGGAAUUCAGCAGAAGAACAAGAAAUGCGAAGCUUAAACGAAUGCGCUGCGAUGCAGUUUGCUUAAGUAGUAGAGGAUUUCUGUUGGAACGUGAAUCAGCAGCUUCGUGAAGCGAAAUGAGUGAAAAGCAGUGAAGUGAAAAGGACAAUUCGCAUGUUCCGUUGCCUGAAAUACUGCACGAAAAUAUGAUGAUGGAGGAAGCGAAUUAUAUGCUGACUGAAAUCCCUGGUGGGUUUAUAUCCCACCGACCGCAUGCAAUACACCGCUUCGCACCGUAUCCGUUACAUCAGCCGCAUUUGCAGCCCGCGCCGAUAUAUAUUCACUCUCAGCCGAGAGUGGUGUGCCGACCGAAAACGCCUCCCACGCCACCGGCACCGGAAGGAACACAUAUCGGACAUCUGUAUCCGGAGAUUCUAGCCAUCAUAUUCGAAAAGCUCAGCGUGAAGGACCGCGGCAGAGCAGCACAGGUGUGUACGAUGUGGCGCGAUGCGGCGUACUCGAAAAGUUGCUGGAGGGGAGUGGAAGCUAGCCUUCACCUGUGGCGACGGUCACCUAGUUUGUUCACAUCAUUGGUGAAGCGUGGAAUUAAGAAGGUGCAAGUGCUUUCAAUAAAAAAAUCAGUGAAAGAUGUUGUUGUUGGUAUACCAAAUUUAGAGUCGUUAAAUCUUAGUGGAUGCUACAGCAUUACUGAUAUGGCAAUGUACUAUUCAUUUUCAACGGAUCUACCAAAUCUUAGACUGUUGGAUUUGUCACUGUGCAAGCAAGUUACCGAUUCCAGUCUUGGCCUCAUUGCACAACAUUUAAAAAACAUAGAACUGCUUGAACUAGGAGGAUGUUGCAAUAUAACUAAUACUGGUUUGCUAUUGAUUUCCCUAGGACUGAAAAAAUUGAAAAGGCUAAAUCUGCGAUCAUGCUGGAAUAUUUCCGAUCAAGGUAUAGGUCAUCUUGCUGGUCUGAGCAUUGAAACUGCUAGCGGUAUACCGUGUUUGGAGUAUUUGGGUCUUCAGGAUUGCCAACGUCUGUCGGAUGAAGCUCUUCGGCAUAUAGCGCAAGGAUUGACAUCACUGAAAAGUAUUAAUCUUAGUUUUUGCGUGUGUGUUACCGACAGCGGAUUAAAACAUUUAGCGAAAAUGAUCAAAUUGGAAGAGCUGAAUCUGAGGGCUUGUGAUAAUAUAUCGGAUAUUGGAAUGGCAUAUCUCACAGAGGGUGGAAGUUCCAUUUCAUCGUUGGAUGUUAGUUUUUGUGAUAAAAUAGCAGACCAGGCGUUGACACACAUCUCGCAAGGAUUGUUCCACCUGAAAUCCCUCAGUCUCAGCGCAUGUCAGAUAACCGACGAGGGGCUGGGCAAAAUUGCCAAAUCUCUGCAUGAUUUGGAAACGUUAAACAUUGGCCAGUGUAGUCGUGUUACUGACAAGGGAUUGGAGGUUUUAGCGGAGGAGCUUAACAACUUACGUGCCAUCGAUCUAUACGGCUGUACUCGAUUAUCGCCGCUUGGAUUAAAUAAAAUUUACAAACUACCGAGACUGUCUAAAGUUAAUUUAGGAUUAUGGCAUGUCAGGUGAUGCGUUAUUCUAUUACAAAUUGAUUGUUAAAUUUUAGUUUUUUUUAAUUGAAAUUGUAAUUAGAUAUGCGAUAGUAUUCUCUGUUACAGGGAUCGUAAAUGUAAAUCGUAGGAACGAAAUUGUCACAAAAUCCACAAUCUAGCAAAAGAAAAUAUUAGACUAAAGACAAGCAUAUUCAAUAAAUACUCUCUGUCGUCCAUCCUUCUGAGGGUUGAAUGCAACUACUGCUAAAACUGAAUAUAAAAUAUUUGCUAUGUUAGCAGACAAAUUAACAACAUUCUGUAAAUAUUGAUGAAAAUAUGAAAAGACUCUAAAUAAAAGCAGGAAAUCCAAGAUACAUGCUGAGAUUUUCCCUGAAGUGAAGCAUGCAA